GACUGCCUGCCAGGAGGCUACUGCGCAUGCGCAUAACUGCCAUGCUGUCAGUCUCCCUGAGGUCGGUUCGGCAGCUGGUAUCGGUCAGUGUCUUCCGCUUUGCUAUGUCUCGGUCUCCCCCCACCGCGCCUCCUCCCCCGCCGGCGCUCCCCCGCUCCGUGCUGGGGACCAUGGAGUUUGGGCGCCGCAUGGACGCAGAGGCCAGCGGGGCUGCGGUGCAGGAGUUCCUGAGGCGCGGCUACAACGAGCUGGACACCGCCUUCAUGUACGCAGACGGGGAGACCGAGCGGGUGCUGGGAGUGCUCGGCCUCGGUGCUGGAGUGAAGAUGGCGACUAAAGCCAACCCAUGGGAGGGAAAGACGCUGAGACCGGAGAGCGUGCGCCAGCAGCUAGAGACCUCGCUCCAGCGGCUGAACAGGUCCAGCGUCCAGCUCUUCUACCUCCAUGCCCCGGACCACCAGACCCCUGUGGAGGAGACGCUGGCUGCCUGCCAGGAGCUGUACCAGGAGGGCAAGUUCAAAGAACUGGGUCUGUCCAACUACGCGUCCUGGGAGGUGAUGGAGAUUUACUGCAUCUGUAAAGAGAGGAACUGGGUGCUGCCGACCGUAUACCAGGGUAUGUACAAUGCCACUACAAGACAAGUAGAGACGGAGCUGCUCCCCUGCCUGCGCCAACUUGGAAUCCGAUUCUACGCCUACAAUCCUCUGGCCGGGGGGCUUCUGACCGGCAAAUACAAAUAUGAGUACAAGGAUACGGAACAGGCGCCCUCCAGGUUUUUUGGGAACAGUUGGGCCGAGACGUACAGGAACAGGUACUGGAAGAAGCAUCACUUCCAAGCGAUUGACCUGGUGCAGAGGGCGCUGCAGGAGGCGUACGGUGAGGACAGGCCCACCCUGACGUCCGCCGCUCUCCGCUGGAUGUACCACCAUUCUAAGCUACAGGGAAGACAGGGUGACGCUGUGAUCCUGGGGAUGUCCAGUAUGGAGCAACUCUUACAGAACCUGGACGGGGCCGAAAGCGGGCCCCUGCUUCCACCUGUGGUCUCCGCUUUUGAUGAUGCCUGGAACCUAGUGGCCCACGACUGUCCAAAUUAUUUUCGUUAGAACAUUUUACAGAACAAGCCUCAUCUGAAUAGUGAUUUGUACAGUGAUUUCUGCCCGAUUGUCCUCACUCCAGCUGUGCGCCGGCUCCGAGACCAGAGCGAAACGAGGCGCGCUGCAAUUUAUAGAUUAUUUCAUAAAUAAAGUAAAAAUAAUGUCCGUU